AUGGCGAUACAGCUUCCCUCCUGUAAUUCAAUACUUCAUACAUCAUACCUUAACGAGCUCCUGAAGGUAGAUGCUGUUCUCAGCAUCGUGCCUCGCCAAACCUCCCUUUUUCCAAGUCACCACUCCGGGCUGCUUCGAAUGGCUUCUUCAGGCUCCGCGUCAACUGCUUCAUUAGCAGCAAAGACCCCAAACCCUCUGUCAUCAAAAGUCACCAGCGUUCUGUCAUCUUCCUAUGCAGACACCGAGUUUCGAGGGGCACUUACUUUAUUAGAUGAACGGGGUGUCCUCAACACACCCGACACUCGACGCCAGCUUCGUCUGGCCCUGCAAAAGGAGGUGAUAGAUAACAAUGGCGAAAUCAUCGAUGAGUUCUCCAAGGUUUCCGAGCAACUUCGGCGUAUUGGUGCCACCAUUGGCAGACUCAAUGAGAGUUUCAAUGAGAUGAAAAGGGAGAUUGGUACCGCUCAUCAGGCAACAUCGUCUAGUCUAGAGGAAGCAUCACGUCUCAUGAUUCAAAAGCAACAAGUUGAGCAAAAGCAGACUCUUCUCAAAGCCUUCAAGGGCAAUUUCAUCCUUUCCGACGAUGAGGCGGCUGCUCUCACGCUCAUGUCAGAACCAGUCAAUGACCUCUAUUUUGCUACCCUCGCAAAAGCAAAAAAGAUCACCAAAGACUGCGAGCUACUUCUUGGGUUUGAGAAUCAGACUUUGGGCUUGGAGGUGAUGGAACUGGCUUCAAAAAAUCUCAACCUGGGCUUCCAGAAGCUGUACAAGUGGGUACAGAAGGAGUUCAAGACGUUGAAUCUUGAAAACCCACAAAUUGGCUCAUCAAUCCGGCGAGCUCUUCGAGUGUUGGCCGAAAGACCUACACUGUUUCAAAACUGUUUGGACUAUUUUGCAGAAGCUCGCGAACAUAUCCUGUCCGACUCGUUCUACACAGCAUUAACCGGGAGCUCGGCAUCUGGCGUGGAGAACACCUCGAUCAAACCCAUCGAGUUAGUGGCGCACGACACCUUGAGAUAUGUAGGAGACAUGCUUGCUUGGGUGCAUUCAGCAGCUGUGAGCGAGCGAGAGGCACUGGAAGGUCUCUUCAUUGGAGAGGCCGAGCAGAUUAAGAAGGGCAUCCAAGCCGGCAGAGAGAACGAAAUAUGGCGACUGGCGGACGAGGAAGGUGAUGGUGCAAGCGAUUUUGAUGCCGUUAAGACAUUGAACGAUCUGGUUGACCGAGACGUCUCCGGAGCAGUCCGCAUAUUACGACAGCGGGUCGAACAGGUCAUCCAGACAAACGAGGAAACAAUCCUGGCAUACAAACUCGCGAAUCUGCUCAAUUUCUACAAAAGCAUGUUUUCGAAACUGCUGGGUCCUGGCUCGAGUUUGGUGGAUUCUCUUGGGUUACUGGAGGCUGAAGCCCUACGGCAGUUUCGGUCGCUGGCUCGUGACCACGUUGCGGCUCUCCAGGGGGAUUUCGUCCAGACUCCUACAGAACUUCGACCCCCAGAGUUUUUGUUCGAGGCGUUGGAGCAGCUGUCUGCCAUUAUGAAGACAUACGAAACCUCACUCGCUUCAUUUGCUGAAAAGGAAGCAGAUUUUGAAACUAUCAUGGUGGAGGCCUUCGACCCAUUCAUGUCAGGUUGCACAACUAUGGCGCAGACAUUACAGCCCCCCUCUGACUCCGUCUUCCUCGUCAACUGCUUUCUCACAGCUCUGAAUUCGCUGGCACCCUUUGAGUUCACGCCCACACGAACAACUCAGUUGCAGGCCAAAUUUGAAACUGAGCGGUCACACCUUGUGGAAAGCCAGUAUGCAUUUUUCCGUAAGGAAUCCGGCCUAGAUGCACUCAUCACAGCACUCAGUAUCUUGGGCAAUGGAGCAGAAGACGUGGAGAAGGUGCCGUUGCUUGAGGCGGCCCAAGCACCUGCACUGACACAGGCUGGGCAAUUGCUUGAUGAUUUCCUACCCUCGGCGCUGAUGGAUGCCAUGGAGAAUCUUAAGCACUUGCAGGAUUCCAAACUGGUCCAGCAAAUCACCGAAGAGGCUGCCGAGAGGUUCUGUGUCGACUUCGAGCAGGUGGAAGAGAAGUUGAUGUUGGCAGAUGAGCUGGCCGAACAGAAGCAGGGCAACGCUGACGAGCUUCAAAGCUUACGGGCAUUAUUUCCGAGAACUUCUGGGGAGAUUCGUGUCCUGUUGUCGUAG